GUUUGAGUUGUGCUCUGCGCUCUAUGCCAGCCAGAGGUGUGUUUCGGCUCCACUCUCUGUAUCUCUGGGUAGCAGCACCCCACCGUGCAGCCAGCCUGAGUGCCAUGUCUAACAGCUUUGUUGGCAAAGGGUUACAGCUCAUCUGAAGGGAAAGGUAGCACCUUGCUUUGAGGAGGACGGAAGAUAAAAGAAGACUGACCAGUUGCAGAGAGAGGGGGGAUAUAACUGACACCCCCCCCCCCCCCCUCGCCUUACUAAACUGAGCAAAAACGGAAGGCUUUGGAGUAUUCAAUUUUUUCUUUCGUUUUAUAUUUUUCUUAUUCCUCAUCGCGGUGCUGGGAGGUGCUUCAUCUUUUCAUAUAGUCUCUCUCUCCGUCAUUUGCCUCCUCAUCUAUUUCUCCAUCUACCUGGUGUAUAAUUUUAUCUAUUUAUGAGUGAGAGAAAAGAGGAAGGAAGAAGGAGUUUCUUUUAAUUUUUGUCCUUUUCCUUCCUCCUUUCCACUCUUCCCUCCCUUUCACCAAACCAUAUCAUACCUGUCAGUUCCUCCUUACCAUUUCAUUUCUAGCUGCUGCCAUCAGUUCAUUAUUCCCCAUCCUACGCCUCUUUCUGUCUCUAAAGUCUGAUGUUAUAUGAACUUGGAUGAAUUUUCUUCAAAGACAACUAAAAAAACUCCACAUGAAUGACUAUUUUUUUCCCUUUUCCUUCUCUUUUGGUCCCUCCACACCCAUUUUCUUUGCAUCACACUCUUGCGGGAUUCUUAAAUGUUACUCUAGAAAAGAGUUAAUUAGACUGAGAACAAGGAGAGCACAGAGCGGGCUGGACAACUGAUCAUCAUGACUGGCUAAAGCAAAGGCAAGGCAAGAAAGCCAAAGAAGAAGAAGAAGAAGAAGGAAGGGAGGGAAGAAGAAGAGGAGUACGUACACACCCACUGCUGCUCAUCUCCUCAUCUCCACGGCAACUGCGUUCGCAUGCUUGUAGACUUCUGGGGGGAGACCUUGGCGAGCUGCAUCACCAGCGUUGGAGGAAAAGGAAAAAGAGUCGGAUGGAAAGAGACGAAUGAAAGAGCGCCCCUUCACCCCUCUAUUAUUAUACCAUCUAUUAUCUUUUAGUUUAGUUUAUUAUUAUUAUUCAUAAGCAGGCUGCCAUUUUGAGUUGAUGGUCAACUUUUAAAGUCUUCUAAGAUCUGAGUCAAAAGCAUAUUUCAACCAGGUUAGAUCAGCAGAUUGAUCUUUUUGGGCCUUUUUAUAUGUAAAAAUCCUUGUUUCCAAAGAAUUAAGUGUCUUUUGUACAUAUCAUUACACUUUAAAAACGGUCCUCUUCCCUCCUGCCACUUCUUCACACUGACAACGCCCCAGCAUCGCCCACCUCCACCCUCAGUCAACCCAACACUCACCUCUCGCCCUGCAAGACCCCACCUCAGUCUUCUCUGCGUGACUUCAUCUGUCUACCAUCCCUUCAUCCGAGGCUAUGAGAGGAGGAGUCGAAUCCCAGAUCACUCCAUCAUGCCAGUUCUGAAGAGUAGAGAGGAGAUCCGGGCUGGCAAUGUUAAAGGGACGGCAUUUACACUCCUCCACAAUGCUUGUCAGCCUCCACCCUUCUCCCUCCCAUCUUCAGGACAAGCGUUUCGUCUCCCACUCCUCCUCCCCCCAUUCUCCCCCCCAGGACCAGUCCUCGCAUCAUCCUCGGCUCACCCUGCCCUUCCUCUCCCUGUCCUUCUCUCUGCUCCUCCUCUCCAUGCUCCUCUUACCCGUCUGCGAGUCUCGCAGGGGUGGAGGUCCAGGCACAGGGCCUGGAGGUGCCCCAGGGGGACAAGGGGGCCAGAGGGGAGGCGGCACCCAGCGGGGCGUUGUCAUCCCUCCUCAAUACUCUCCUGCAUUACCGGCUCUUCCGCCAAUCAAUCCCAAACUGAUCAACUCGCUCAGUAUAGCAGUCAUCCUGGUGGGCAACUCUAGUGAAGUAACCCUGGGGGUUGGACUUGAGAAAGAGGACUUCCUCCACAUCCCUUACCCUCCCAAAGUCGAGGUGGUCACCAUGAAUGAGACCGACCCCAAGAGUAUCAUCAAUCGGAUUUGCGCGCAAAUGACGAGGAACUCCCUGCAAGGCGUAGUGUUCGGUGAUGACACGGACCAGGAGGCCAUUGCUCAGAUCCUGGACUUCAUCUCUGCCCAGACACACAUCCCCAUCCUGGGCAUCAGGGGAGGCUCCUCCAUGGUCAUGGCUGCCAAGGACGACCACUCCAUGUUUUUCCAGUUUGGUCCGUCCAUCGAGCAGCAGGCCUCCGUCAUGUUGAACAUCAUGGAGGAGUAUGACUGGUACAUCUUCUCAAUAGUCACGACGUACUACCCUGGCUAUCAGGACUUUGUCAACAAGGUCCGCAGUACCAUCGAUAACAGCUUUGUGGGCUGGGAGCUAGAAGAAGUCUUCCUACUGGACAUGUCAGUAGACGACGGAGACUCCAAGAUCCAAAACCAGCUAAAGAAACUGCAGAGUCCUGUAAUUCUAUUGUACUGCACAAAGGAGGAGGCAAGCACUAUCUUCGAGGUGGCCCAUUCUGUGGGCCUCACAGGUUAUGGCUUCACCUGGAUCGUGCCCUCGCUGGUGGCUGGAGAUGCAGACCACGUUCCCUCUGUCUUCCCUACAGGGCUUAUCUCAGUGUCAUAUGACGAAUGGGACUACAACAUCGAGGCCAGGGUACGUGAUGCAGUGGCUGUCAUUGCCACGGCGACCUCCACUAUGAUGCUGGACCGGGGACCACAUACCCUGAUAAAAUCAAGCUGCCUCGGAACACCUGACAAAAAGAGCUCCAACACCGGCCACUCCAAGGAGAUACUGAAGUAUCUCAUGAAUGUGACAUUUGAAGGCCGAAACCUGUCAUUUAGCGAAAAGGGUCACCAGAUGUUUCCCAAACUGGUCAUCAUUCUUCUAGACAAGGACAGACAAUGGGACAGGGUUGGCAAGUGGGAGAGAGGCUCUCUGACGAUGAGGUACCAUGUGUGGCCUCGCUUUGAGCUGUACUCUGCAGCGGAGGAGCGGGAGGACCACCUGUCCAUCGUGACUCUGGAGGAGGCGCCGUUUGUCAUUGUAGAGGACGUGGACCCGCUCAGUGGGACCUGCAUGAGGAACACUGUGCCGUGCCGCAAACAGCUCAAACUGAGCAAUCAGACAGGUGAUUCAGGGAUUUACAUCAAGCGCUGCUGCAAAGGUUUCUGUAUUGACAUCCUAAAGAAGAUCGCCAAGGCGGUCAAGUUCACGUACGACCUCUACCUGGUCACCAACGGCAAACAUGGCAAGAAGGUUAAUGGGACAUGGAACGGCAUGGUUGGGGAGGUGGUGUUAAAGAAUGCCCACAUGGCAGUGGGUUCACUCACCAUCAACGAGGAGAGGUCAGAGGUCAUUGACUUCUCUGUGCCCUUCAUCGAGACGGGGAUCAGUGUCAUGGUCUCUCGUAGCAACGGCACCGUUUCCCCCUCCGCCUUUCUUGAGCCCUUCAGUGCUGAUGUCUGGGUGAUGAUGUUUGUGAUGUUGCUGUUGGUGUCAGCCGUGGCUGUGUUUGUGUUUGAGUACUUCAGCCCGGUGGGUUACAAUCGCUGCCUGGCAGAUGGGCGAGAGCCCGGCGGUCCCUCCUUCACCAUUGGUAAGGCCAUCUGGCUGCUUUGGGGUCUGGUUUUCAACAACUCUGUCCCCGUGCAGAAUCCCAAAGGUACCACCAGUAAGAUCAUGGUGUCAGUGUGGGCCUUCUUCGCUGUCAUCUUCCUGGCCUCCUACACUGCCAACCUGGCUGCCUUCAUGAUCCAGGAGGAGUAUGUCGACCAGGUGUCGGGCCUGUCAGAUAAAAAGUUCCAGAAGCCUAACGAAUUCUCGCCGCCAUUCCGGUUUGGCACGGUGCCCAAUGGGAGUACAGAGCGCAACAUCCGCAACAACUACCGGGACAUGCAUACUUACAUGACCAGCUUCCACCAGAAGAAUGUAGAUGAAGCGCUGCACAGUCUGAAGACCGGCAAACUGGAUGCCUUCAUCUACGACGCUGCAGUGCUGAACUACAUGGCGGGCAGAGACGAGGGCUGUAAGCUGGUCACAAUCGGGAGUGGCAAGGUGUUCGCUUCCACCGGCUACGGCAUUGCCAUCCAGAAAAACUCUGGCUGGAAACGAGCUGUGGAUCUGGCUAUCCUCAUGCUCUUUGGAGAUGGUGAUAUGGAGGAGUUUGAGGCCCUGUGGCUGACAGGCAUUUGCCACAAUGAGAAGAAUGAGGUGAUGAGCAGUCAGCUGGACGUAGACAACAUGGCGGGGGUCUUCUACAUGCUUGGGGCCGCCAUGAUUCUAUCAUUAAUCACCUUCAUCUGUGAACAUUGGUUCUACUGGCAGCUGCGCUUCUGCUUCAUGGGCGUGUGCUCGGGACAGCCCGGGGCCACCUUCUCCAUUAGCCGAGGUAUCUACAGCUGCAUCCACGGGGUACAAAUUGAGGAAAACAAGUCAACCAUAGACUCACCCUCGGCCACCAUGAAGAAGAACAUGAACAACACCCACUCCAACAUCCUGCGGUUGCUUCGCACUGCCAAGGACAUGACUGCCGUCCCGGGCAUUAACGGCUCUCCGCACGCUGCCCUGGAGUACAGCCACAGUGGCCGUGACUCGGCUAUCUAUGACAUCCAGGAGCACCGGCGCAGCUUGGUGGGUCACCCUGCCGACUGCAAGUCAGCGCCACCCUACCUGCCAGAGGACAACAUGUUCAGUGACUACAUCAGUGAGGUGGAGAGGACUUUUGGCAACUUGCCCCUGAAGGACAACAACCUGUACCAGGACCAUUACCUGCACCACCACCCGGCCUCGGCUCUGGGUAUGUCCGGCCCCCCGCCUAAUAGGCCGCGUAGCUUAGGCAGCACUAGCUCGUUGGAGGGCGGCAUGUUUGAUUGCGACAGUUUAGGGGGAGGGGUAGCGCCCAUCUUCACCACCCAGCCCCGCCCCUCCAUGACUCACAGGAAUACCAAUAAAUUUGACCUGAUUGCUGGCCACACCCCUGCGGAUUCCACCCAGGGUGGGUUCAAGGGAAACAAUGUGUACGGGAGGUUUUCUUUCAAAGGAGGCGCAUCCAGCACGGGGCUCAUCGGGGGUCAUGACAGGUACUGUGGUGGGGGCGGGGGAGGCUCAGGGGGGGAUGAUGGGAACAUUCGCUCGGAUGUUUCGGAUAUCUCUACGCACACUGUCACCUACGGCAACCUGGAGGGCAACAACAAGCGGCGUAAGCAGUACAGGGACAGCCUGAAAAAGAGGCCAGCUUCGGCCAAGUGCAGACGGGAGCAGGACGAGAUAGAGCUGAGCGGCCUCAGGAGGAGAGCCCACCACCACACCGUCCACCACCACUUCCCCCACGGGCCCCUGGCACACCGCACGGUCUCACCUCCCCUGGAGCGGAAGAGGGGAGGAGGAGGGGGUAAUUCUUCACCUUACAUAUUCCGCAAAGACAAAGAGAACCUGAGGGAUUUCUAUGCGGACCAGUUCUGCUCCAAGGAGGGCAAGGCCAAGUGGGAGCAAGAGGGUGGAAAUGGAGGAAGUGGUGUGGGCGGUGGUAGUGGUGGUGGUAUCUGUAAAAGCUUAGUACCUGUGGAAGACUUCCUUAAAGGUAAAGGCAAGAAGCCGGAGUGUAAAGGUGGGCUUGGCUCAGUGUUGGCAGGGCAGCAGGCCCACACCUGUUGGGAUAAGGGGGUUUCUGGGCUAGGAGGGGGGGGCAUAGCAGGGGGUGACUGGGAUUGUCGUAACAGCCACAAUGUGUGUCACCACGGAGGAGGCGGCGCUUGCCCAGCUAGCGGGGUUGGGGGUAGCACCAGUCGCCCCAGCUCCGCUAGCUGCAAACGCUGUGACUCCUGUAAGAUCCCGCCAAGCAACCUUUACAACAUCAGCGAGGAUAUGGUGUUCGCUGGAGUGAAGAGUAGCAUAGGAACCAGCCAAAUGCAAACUCAGGCACAGCGCAGGAAGCUAGGGCCAGGUGGGAGGGUGUUACGGAGGCAACACUCGUAUGACACAUUUGUGGAUCUGCAGAGGGAGGGGGCAGGCCGCAUGGGAGGGGCUGGCGGCGGCGUUGGGGGGCAGUUUCCCCAGCCCCGAAGUGUGAGCUUGAAAGACAAAGACCGCUUCAUGGAGGGCCCCAGCCCUUAUGCACACAUGUUUGAGAGGUAUGCAGGUGAAAGGGAGUCUUCCAUGUUUGGAGGGAUAGGUGGGGAUAGGGUGAAGGGAGGCUCCUCCUUCAGUGUGUUCCAUGGAGGAGAAGGUGGGUUGCAUCAGCGGUCGGUGGGGGAGAGAGACCUGAGGGACAGAGAUAGAGCAAUGAUGGGAGGUGGGGGCGGUGGUGGUGGUGGUAGCAGCAGCAGAGGGGCCGGGACUUACUCCUUGUCUAAAUCUCUCUACCCAGAUAAGGUGAACCAGAACCCCUUCAUCCCAACCUUCGGCGACGACCAGUGUCUAUUACACGGCGCCAAACCGUACUACAUCAAAAAGCCACAGACGCAGCAACAGCAGCAGCAGCAGCAGCAACUUCUCAACAACAGCCGAGGAGGAGGGGACUUCCACAGCUCCAUGGGAGCAGCUUCCUAUUUGCCCGCAUCUGCCACAUCUGGGGUGAUGUCCAAUGUGGCCCCCAGGUUCCCCAAAGAGCUGUGUCUGGGUGGGGUGGGAGGGCCCAUGGGGAACCACCACGGGGCCAGCAAGCUACUGCCAGUGGGCAGAGACACGUUAGGUUUGGGGCAGGGACAGAGACCCUUCAACGGGGCCAGCAAUGGACACGUCUACGAAAAGCUCUCCAGCAUUGAGUCAGACGUCUGAGGGGGAAGACAGAGGAAGAAAGAGAGGGAGGAGAUGAAGUGGGUGAAGAAAACAGGGAGCAAAACAUACAGAUGCUGAUGACCUCUCAACACGAUACUGUAUGUGUUGUUCUCACUCCUCUAAAUGGAAAGAAUUUGGACGAUGCACAUAGGCCACUGCAGGCUAAGCUGUGAAGUCCGGCGGGAGACAAGUUUUUAAUGAGAAGAGAGGAUUCUGGUGCUGCUCCGACGCUCAGAAAGAUCGGGAGGAAGGGAGGGGGGAAAAAAGUGAAAUAAAAUCUCCAGUCUCUGCUCUCUUCACAUGCUCAUUGUCUUUCCCUCCAUCCUGCAGUUCCUUAACACCAAAACAAACAUUUUGUUUAACGACGGAAAUACAAUCAUGAAUGAGAUAUCAACGCUUCUGUUGAAGUAACAGGGUAAACUAAUAAUAAUUGUAUUGAUAAUGUUAAUAAUAUUAUUGAAUAUUAUUCCAGUGUUUAUUGAUGAUCGGUUGGGAUUGUUUUUUCAAUUUUAUUGAUUUAAAUAGUUCAUGUUACAUAUUUGUAUGAUGUUAAUUCUUUCUUAGCCUACCAAUAUUACAGGAGACUGGUAGACCAGUCGUCAGAUCUUUUUUGGGUUCCUGUAAUUUGGACUCUUCUUUGCUAUUAAUUCUUUGUUUGAAUUUUUUUUUUACUUUUCUUACUCUUGAGUGCUGUGGUGUAUGUGAAAGGCAUGACUUGCUGAGUACAUUCUAUGUACUUUUUUUGCAAAGAAGGUUUCUUUUUUUCAGCUGCAGAAGCAACAUCAUCAUACUGAUUUGCCGUUUCCUCUCCUUUUUUUCUGCUCGGCAGUACCAAAUGGUGGCAGUCUCACAUUAUGAGCUGGAUGUGCCUUAAAGGAUUAAUACUGAUUUUCUACACACGCAAUCACCUGCAAACAAUUAGUCUAAGUGGUUUGAGAUUAAGAAUACACCUGACAAAGUCUGAUACGAGGGUAGAGUUUCAUGAGCAUAACAGACUUUUAGGCAUUUAACAGAUAUUAUGUUACAAAAAAAAAAAAAGAAGGAACCAAUAGCAGGAUAACAAGGGUUAAAACCACAGUGCCAUGAUAAACAAAACAUUCCUGUUCCCCCCCCAAAAGUCAGCUAUGACAGAGCCGUGCCCCUGUAUGUAAAGAAAUACCAUUUAGAACUAAAAUAUAGAAGCAGCUUCUUGUGGUAUUAACUCCACAGUUAUUCUAACUGCAAGUCCUUGAAAUCAUUUAUGAAGAAGUUUAACAAGCUUUAUCACUCCUCACCUCCUCAAACCUCACUGUUCAUUACAGAUGAACCAGGAACCAGCUAUCCAUUAAAUACACGUAAAUCCCAUUUAAUGUCUGCUUGUUGCUCUCAUCGUGUUUCAUUGGGUCUGACUCAAUUGGCUGUGACAGUUAUGCUGUUCAGGACAGGGACAUAAUGGACUCACAGAGUGAGGCCUCUGUUGCUGGGAUGAGCAGCAGUAAUGUUAAUUAUUUCAUGAUUACGGCUAUACGGCCUGCCUGCUGUAUUAGAUGGUCACAUUUGACUGAUGUGCAGUGAACAAGUGUUGAACAUUUUCACUCUGCUGGUUUAAAGGACCACAGCAAGCUCUAGUACAUAGUCUAUCCCAAAUAAUCUCUUUACUUAGUCUUGCAAUUAUUCAUAAAUUACAUCUUUAUAGCAUGUCAUUUAAUUUCAUUAUUUUUCUUAAAAAGUGUUUCUAGCUCACAAAUGGUACAAACUAACUUGUUUGUUUGUGCUAACUAUCCAGAUACUGAAGUGUUCCCCUGUGAUUUAAAGGAAUAGUUUGACAUUUUGAGAAAUAUAUGAUGCUUUCUUGCCAAGCCUUAGAUGAGAAGAUUGAUACCACUCUGUACGGUUUGUACGGUGAAUAUGAAGCUACAGCCAGCAGUAAUUAAGCUUAGCUUAGCUUAGCUUAGCAUAAAGACUUGGUUGAAACAGAGGGAAACAGCGGCCUCUGUAUAAAGGAACAAAAUCCACCUCCCAGCUCCUCUAUGGAAUGGAAAUGGAAAUGUAUUUAUUUGAAACAGGGACAAUGCACAAAUGAACAUGAAACUUGUAAUAAAAAAUAAAAAUGUUGGAGGGUUAUCUACAGGACUUUCUUUGUUGUUACUGUAAUGUUGCUAUGCAACCAAUCAGCCAAGAAGUAGACCAGCACAUAACCUUCCACAAAACCACAACUUAUUUUACACUUGUCCAGAAUAAAACAAAUGAGAUAUGUUGUGUUGGUGUCUUUUUAGAGGUACUGGAAGGUGGAUAUAGUUUCCUCUGGACAGGCUUGUUGUUUCCACCUGUUUCUGGUAUUUGUGCUAAAUUAAACUAACUGGCUCUAGCUUCAUAUUUAACAUACAGAUGUUAAAGUGGUUUCAAUCUUCUCAUCUAUUUCGCGUAAUUCCCAAAAUGCCAAACUAUUCCUUUAAUCUAUUUUCUUAUACUCGGAACAAGAGAACCUGGAUAAUACAAUCCCAUUCAUCAUUACUCCCACCAUGUUGCCCAAGAUCUGAUUUUUUACCAAACAGAACAUAAAGAAUACUUUCUCUAUGUACUGUAAACCCCCCCACCCACCCACUGGAUUAUAAUCAGUUUUACAUGCUGAGAUUUUGAUAAAGGUAACAACUUUCCCUUAAGUCCUCAAGUAUAAUUUACAGCUAUCUCUACCAUUAAAAUAUUAUUAUAAGACAUCUAUUUUCCAUUUCCAGUUAUUUAUUGUCACUUAAACCUGACUUUUAGUCAUUUUGCCAAACCAAAUUUUAAUACCUAAGCACAAGCAGACUGAAUGGGUCGAAUAUAUUUAUUUUGAUGUACAUCCCAGUCAAAACUUUGGAAGACUUUUCUUCUCUUGGUUGACAAGUCAGUAUGUAUGAUAGGGGAUCUCUACUGUUUGUAAGGACUUGCAUGUAUACACUUUUCUUUAUUUCUGUUUUUAAUCUUAACUUUUCGCCCAGAAUAAAUGGGUGUUUUUGAUCAAUAUUUGGAUUAUUUUCUUAACUUCAUUGUUGAGCCAUGUAGUUGUGUGUGUGUGUGUGUGCGUGUGUGUGUGUGUUUGCAAGAGAAGACACCAAUCUUAACAGUCUAAACUUUGGUUAUACUUUAAUAAAUAUAGCUAAAUUGAUUAAAGAUUUUACUAGGAUAGAAAACAUCUUUUUAUUAAUCUUCUACAAAGAUCAAUUUUCUUUCUGUGUAAAUGCUUUUAAACAAGGUUGAGGUCUUGAUUAAUACAUUCAUUGUCACUGAAGAAGCCUUUUUUUUCAUUUCAACUACUUUUUCCUAUUAUUUUCCUUUUGAAUAUCUCGUUUCAUUAUUUCUGUUAUUGUAUGUGCCUGAAUCCAUACGCUUGAUUACCUCUGUGUGCUCAUAUGGGAGAGAGACAGAGUGUGUGUGAGAGAUAACUGUUUAUUGUACAUGUACUAUAAAACUGUAUGUAAAUACUUUACCUCACGCUCAUGGACUUUUGAUAA